AUGCCUGGAUCGUUUUCGAGAAUCAGGGACAAGGCCAGGCGCCACCUGGGUGAUCCUAGUCCGGAUGAGGCCUAUCUUUCUUUAACGCGAGCCGAUCUAGACAGCAUCAAGUCUAACGACUGGCUCACGGACAAUGCCAUCGCCUUCUGGCAAGAAUACCUCGAACGCGAAGAGCUCAAUGCCUUCCCCAAAGCCUCCAUCGUCCUCCUCCGCCCCUCCAUGUCCUACAUGCUCAUGCAAUCCGCCGAGCCCCUCUCCUUGAAAGAAGUCCUCCCCAACUUCACUCACACAACACACGUCUUCCUGCCCAUAAAUGACAACACCGACGUCACACAAGCCGAAGGCGGCUCACAUUGGUCCCUCCUUCUCGUUUCCAUCAUCGAUGGCGUUUCAUUCCACUACGACUCCAUGACUCAGUCCAACGAGCGCGAAGCACGAAGCACAACCAUGAAGCUGGAACAACUACUAGGAAAGCGACUGCGGUUUAUCCCUAUGAGUGAUAGUCCGCAGCAAGAAAACGGAAGUGAUUGUGGUGUGUUCGUCUGUGUGCUUAUGCGGCAUUUGCUGCUCAAGAGGCUGCUUCGGGCCGAUGCGAGCAAGAAGGUCAGCAUGAGCAUGCGGGAUGCACACAUAAACGCAAAAGAUGGACGGAGAACUAUGCUCAAGGUCAUCGAAGAGAGGAGAGACGAGGGAAAGCGGAGACGCUCAGGCAGUCAUUCACCCUUUAGAAAUCCCUCCGCCCACUCCAAGAGCCCACCACGCAUAGGCGACGAACAAUCGCAGGAGCGCUAG